ACACUGCGGGUCCACCUUACCGUAAGUAACUAAAAGCGCACAGCCUUGGAGAAACGCCGCGCCUGUCCGCUGCGCGCAAACACAGGCCGCAAUCUGACUGCACAGUUCUUAGGUGCAAUGCCAGAGAAGGGAAAGCCUCCCGGACACAAGACACUGAGCAGUGGAGCUGUUGAUCUGUGGAGGGAUGUUGCUGUGCUUACAAUGACCAACUGUUGGAGUGUGAGGGAGUCUCAGACCAUGAACCGAUACACCAUACUCAAGCAGCUGGGGGACGGCACAUAUGGCAGCGUGCUGCUGGGCAGAAGCAAUGAUACUGGGGAACUGGUGGCCAUUAAGAGGAUUAAGAAGACGUUUUAUUCUUGGGAUGAGUGCAUGAAUUUCAGAGAGGUUAAAUCAUUGAAGAAGCUGAAUCAUGCCAAUGUGGUGAAACUGAAGGAAGUGAUCAGGGAAAAUGACCACCUCUACUUUGUCUUUGAGUACAUGAGAGAAAACCUCUAUCAGCUCAUGAACGAAAGUGAAGAUAAGAUGUUUUCUGAAAAUGAGACAAGGAACAUUCUGUUCCAGGUUUUAUCAGGUUUAGCAUUUGUGCAUAAGCACGGGUAUUUCCAUCGGGAUUUAAAACCAGAGAACUUACUCUGCAUGGGCCCGGAGGUGGUCAAGAUUGCAGAUUUUGGACUAGCAAGAGAAAUCCGCUCACAGCCGCCUUACACAGAUUAUGUGUCCACAAGAUGGUACAGAGCCCCCGAGGUUCUGCUGAAGUCCAGCUCUUACAGCUCUCCCAUAGACAUUUGGGCUGUGGGCUGCAUCAUGUUUGAACUAUACACUCUGAGACCCCUUUUUCCAGGAAACAGCGAGGUGGAUGAGAUAUUCAAGAUCUGUCAGGUGCUGGGAACGCUGAAGAAGUCUGACUGGCCCGAAGGCUUCAGCCUGGCCUCCUCCAUGAACUUCCGUUUCCCAGAGUGUCUCCCCACCAGCCUCAGAUGCCUGACUCCCAACGCCAGCGGCAAGGCGAUCGCACUGAUGAAUGCCAUGCUGCAGUGGGACCCUGAGAAAAGGCCAAGUGCUGCUCAGGCUCUGAGGUAUCCAUACUUUAAUGUGGGUCAGUCACUUGGGGCCCCUCUGAAGCUCUUAGAAAAGCACAAGGCACAGGAAAAGGUGUCUGAAGCAUCUGCAGAACCAAACCCUCUGUCUCUCUGCAAGACGGACCAGGACUCCUCCAAGUUUAGCAAAACCCAAGCGGGGCAACAUAGCUACAGCCAACCUUUCCAUCAGCCUCCCCAACAGAUCCUGGUCCCUCUGGAAAACAGGAGCAGACCAACAGAGGGAUUGCAGGAGCCCUUCAGUCUGGUGAAAAACAUGCAGCCAGGAAACAUGCAAGCUGUAGGUUCCACUCAUGUAAAGAUGUUUGAAUGUUUAAGCUUCUUAAAAGAAAAGGACAUAACUAAUCCAUUUAUUAAUGGUUGUAUAUUCCCAGAAUUGGGAAAGAGUUGUCCCCUGUUUCUUUUCAAGAUACAUUUUAAUUACAACUCAUCUAUAUGCAUAGCGAGAAACCGCUGCAGGAACCGAGACCAGUUCUUGUGGGCCUCGGGCAGGACGCCGACGAUGGGGCCACACCUCUUUCAAGUCUGUCGGAUGGGAUGACGAAGAUGAUGGAGUAGCUGGAGUUUCCAUCUCAAAAAAACCCACAACCACUUCGCUGAAGAGCACAAUUAAACUCAGCGAUCUGUAAUAAAACAUCCCUUUUUUCUUCUUUAACUUGAGUUUAAUCUAUAUCUGAACUGUGCCUUG